CCUCUUUUGAUAUACGUGUAAUGAAUGCUAUGACGAUAGUAACUGGUAAGCGUGUGGCCCAGCACGGGUUUUACUGUCAUAGCGCGCUAGCUACGUUACCUUUUGUUUUGACUAUGCAAGCUAAGCUAGCUGUGCUAACUGCCAAGAUAACUUGUUGGCUAGAGAGUUUGUUGCAUUGCCUAGCACACACGCUAAGUUGGCUAUCACGCUGAUAUAAGGACGGAAAACUCAGUCGGUAGUAUCUCUUAAGUGGUUUUGAUAUGAAACUAGCUAGUUACUAGGCUAACUUUCGUCAACUUCGCUAACAUUAGCUGGCUGCCGGGAACGUUGGCGGUACUCUAAACAAGAUGGCUACGACUAGCAAGGGGCCACAGACCUCAACAUUUUCCUUAAUGUGUGGAAAAAUAAAGGACUCUUUUGAAUGACCAUCGUUACCAAACUGUGGCCAAAACAGGUACCAGCCGACCCCAAGUAAGGAUUUACCACAAGUAUCAGGACUAGCCUUGACAAAGGCAAGGAGUGUUAGCAGAAAACAGUGGGAAUAGUCUAUUCUUAUGGCAGAGUUUGAAGCUGAGUGCAUAACAUCAGGACUGAACACACUAGCAUCUGAAUGUGCCACGCCAACACUUCACGUUCUACCUUCGGAGUGUGUCAUUCCGUCUCUCGACACAAUGGCUUCCAACGGUUUCACGCCAGCUGUCAACACACUGUCAUCUGAGGUAGCAGAACCAAUGGUCAUGCUGCCCUGUGUGAAAAGCGACCCAGAUUUGGACACUAUUCGCACAGUGGAUCUCUCUGAGAUCCAGCCACUCAGCACUGCAGCGCUUGGCUUGGAGCAAAUCAAAAUGGAAAUCAGUGGUUUAGACUACAUCAAGUCUGAGCAUCACACCGACCUUCACUCUUUCCAUAGUGCCGACCUGGAUUCCUACAAGGCGCAGUACGAGCCAAGUCUUGUGUUCGAUUAUAUUACGCACGUAUCCGACAGUCUCGAAUACAUCAAGUCAGAGCAGCAUGCUGACCUACAGUAUUACUAUACGACAGAGCUAGGCUCCAUUAAAACAGAGUAUGAGCCAAACUUGAUAUCCAGUCACAUAAAAACAGAAAUGAACGGCCUGGAAUCGAUUCAUAUGGCCGAGCUCCGAUCUGAACUGCACAAGCUGAGGCCAGAGAGUGCCAUAGACGGCGUUGGGAAACUGGACUCUGACUUCACAGCUGGCGGCCUAUACGAGCUACAGUCAGCCCAGGUGGGGAAGGGCUCAGUUGGGUCUAGCCAGACAGGGGAGAAGGUCAUACCACAGCGCAAACCACGCAACCUUACUGGUGAGAAGCCCUUCUCCUGCACCCAGUGUGGGAAAAACUUCAGCACUUUGGGGAACCUUAAGACCCACCAACGCAUCCAUACAGGAGAAAGGCCAUACACGUGUUCACAGUGCGGAAAGAGUUUUGGCCAGGCUGGAAAUUUAAAGAGGCACCAGCUUAUCCACACAGGACAGCGACCUUACAGUUGCACACAUUGCUCCAAGGGAUUUACUAAAGCAGAUGACCUGAGAUCUCAUCAGAGGAUCCACACUGGCGAGAAGCCCUUUUGUUGUACAGAGUGUGGGAAGAGCUUCAGCCAGUCAAAAGAACUUAAAACUCACCAGACCAGUCACACUGGGGACCGCAGCUUCUGCUGCCCCGACUGUGGGAAAACCUUCACUAAGGAGAUGACCUUUCGUUCUCACCAGCAAGGUCACACUGGGACCAAACUGCACUGCUGCAGCCAGUGUGGCAAGUCUUUCAGCAAUUCAGGAGUCCUAAAAACCCACGAGAAGAUCCACUCAGGGGAGAGACCAUUCGCCUGCACCCACUGUGGUAAAAGCUUUGGCCGCUUAGGACACCUUAAAGCGCACCAGCAGAUCCACACAGGAGAGCGGCCAUAUUCCUGUCCACAGUGUGCGAAGAGCUUUAGCCAGUCUGGUCACCUUAAAGCACAUGAACAAAUACACAAGCGAGAGGGGGCUGGAAGUAGUAACAGCAGUCUUAAUGAUAGUAGUUAGACAAUGUUUACUCCUUUUCCUUUAUAAAUGCUAUAUAUGUCAGUUUCCUUAUGUUUUCAUAUUUUAUGUCCUUCAUGCCUUUUGUUUUCUGGGUCCAGCUGUAGGCGCAUGUUGGGUGGUGCUGCAGAGAGAAGGUCUUGAGAGAAUGGUAGUGUUUCUCGUCUCCUCUGUGUUUUGUAUCGUGUCACUUAAGUGAUCAGUCACCUUGUACACACACAUUGAUAAUCUGUAAAUCCUAAACCAUGUAAUGGAAAGAAUUAUUAAAGAAACUAACACAAA